CACGUGAUUAUGGCCUGUCGAAACGAAGAGAAAGCACAAGCAGCUAUACAAGACAUUCGAACACAAGUCGACACUAAAGACAGUGAUAAUUUGAAGCUAGAUUUUAUACAACUUGAUUUGGCAUCGUACGAAUCUGUGAGAAAGUUUGUUGAUCAAUUUCAUCAGCGACACUUACCCUUACAUUUAUUAAUCAAUAACGGUGGAAUCUACAUGUCGCCUUUUGCAUUGACAAACAACGGUCAAGAAUCACAUUUUGGAGUCAAUCAUCUAGGACAUUUCUUACUCACAAACUUAUUGUUAGAUGAUCUUAAACAGAAUGUUCCAUCGCGCAUUGUUAUGUUAGCCAGUAGAGCUCAUCUGCGGCAUCCUGGUAUUGAGUUUGACGAUGAACGAAGAAACCAACCGUAUCCAGAUAACGGUAUCGCCACUUAUCGAGCACGUGCUGCGGCCUAUAGUCAGUCAAAACUAGCCAAUAUGAUGUUUUGUAAGGAAUUAGCUGAACGUCUCGGACCUGACUCAAGAAUCUAUUGUAAUGGAGUACAUCCUGGAGUGGUGAAAACGAAUGUCUUUCAGCACAUCAAUUGGAUUAAGUUUGUACUAAGUCCUUUCAUGCGCACAGUUGAAAAUGGAGCAAUGACGACGCUCUACGUUGCCACACAUCCUGACAUUGAAAUUAAGAAUAUUCAUGGUGCUUAUUUCGUUCCAAGUAAACAUAUUCCACCUCCUUACAUUAGACCCGUUGAAGCCAAUCCAAAUCCGGUUGUUUUAGAUAAAAGUGCGCGAGAAAGACUUUGGGAAUUGAGUAAACGUUUAACUGGUUUAUCAAACACCAUUUGA